AUGAGCCCCCCUUCUCCCAAGAAGAAGAAUGGCGGCAAUCCUUCUGCUCCCAGACAAAUCCGCUUCGUCGCAACCGAUGGGCAGCCGCAAACCAAGCGCCGUCGCGUUAAUGCCGCUUGUUUAACAUGUCGCCGGCGCAAGAUUCGGUGUUCUGGUGAACAACCAGGGUAUAUGUGGGAAGUGUGUAAGACUUGCUCCGACUACAAGCAUGUCUGCCUUGGAUAUACGGAAUCGACCGCACACCUGCGAACGCAGUCCGACUCCGCAUCUCGAGCGCCGCCGCGCUUUUCCGCUCCGAAUGAAUUGACAAGCCAUGGCACUUCCCGAGCAGUCGAAAGCAGCUCCCCCGAACCAGUGCCAAUAACGAUGCCCAAGCCACCCGUGGAUAAGUCCACCAAGACAAAACCGCCCGUAUCAAAGGAUACAUCCUCUUUUGGAGAUAAUUCUUCACUUGUGAAGGAAUUAGAUACACAAACCGUUGGGGACAGUCCAGCGAGUGGUCGUACCUCUGUGAGCUCAGCGAGUCGCACGCAUGUCCCGUAUUUUCGUUACUUUGGCCCCACCGCGAUUGUACCGGGGUUUAAGCAAAUGGUUGUGCAAGUUCGAGGUUCUCGCAGGAGUAACCCAUCCAUGUCCUCAGACUCCCCCUCUCCUCUUCGGAGCCCUAAACCGUCCGAUAUCCCUACAAGACCCCUGACCACUGCCGCGGAUAAUCGAGACAGUCGCGAUGCAAAUAUCCCAUUUUAUGAUCGAGAUGAUACGCUUCCAGUCUCGAAUCUUGUAUCCCAUUUGUGCGAACUCUUCUUUGCUCACUUGGGCUGCAGUUUUCCCUUCCUACAACGAGAAAGAUUUCUUCAGGACCUUCAAGAGAAAAAGGUUGACACCAUGUUGGUAGAUGCAGUGUGUUCGUUAGCUGCGAGAUUCUCAAUACACCCUUCACUUAGUCCUCCGCAGGCUCCUCCUAUCGAUCGCUCGCAACCCAUACUCGACGACAAAAAGUGGGAUCGUGGUCUGCCCUUUGGUCAUCGUGCGAUGAGCGCUCUUGUGGAUUCAUUGCCAUGCCCAACUCUCUCUGCCGUCCAAGCCUGUUUGUUGCUGGCUUAUGAACAGUUCGGAUCAAAUCAUGACAGUGGACUCUGGAUGUACCUUGGAAUAUCAAUUCGCAUGGCGCAGGACCUUGGGUUGCAGAAGUUCCAAGGUCUCAAACAUAAUUACGGCCGGACCGGCGUCACACCGAGUGAAGUGAUGACAGGUCACGCCGGGAAAUUAAGGGAGGAACAAUAUGAUGAUCUUGAUGUGCAUCUGACACCAAUGGCUAACCCGCAGCCUUUGGUUGAGGAACGUGCCCGGGAGCGCGAACGGGUAGACUCAUUCUGGAGUAUCUUUUUCCUAGAUCGAGUCAUCUCUUCGGGCACUGGGAGACCAGUGACACUGCGCGAUGAGGAUAUUGAACUCUGUUUCCCUCUUCAGUCUGAAUCCCAGCUACCAAAUGGGUGGCCCGCGCCGUUCCCACCACUUAUUCGGAUCAUUCAUCUGUACGGCCGAGUGACCGACCUUAUCAAUGGCAUCCAGGAUGUCAAGCUCGUCACGCCGGAUACGUUAAAGAUGUUGGCUGGGAUGGAAAGCGAUCUAACCGGCAUCUAUCAACGCUUGUCCCCAAGACUUCAUUUCAACGCAGCCAAUUUUCAAGCUUAUGUCAAAGCCAAGGAGGGAACCAAUUUCAUUCUUCUCCAUUUUUGGUUUCAUACUCUCAUUGUUCUCCUUCACCAACCAACAUUGUUGAACUCGUUUGGUGGAUCAAUACAACAUCUCUAUCCGAAUAGUCGUGAGUUGUCGAUGUCAUCUGCCAAAACUAUUGCCGAUAUCCUAUCCUUCUCGGAGCUUGUGGAUGGAAAGAGCUUCAUUGGCAACCCCUUCACUAGUCAGCCGAUGUACAUUGCGGCGUGCGCGUUCCUCAUGGAAAGUGCGUACUAUGCAUCCCCAUCCUCGGGGGCUGGGUCAACCCCACCCCGGCCAUUGUUGGCGAAUCAAUCUAGUGGGUUUGUUAUGCCCACUAUGGAAUCCUCAAACGGGACAGAGCGGAAGUCUACGGCAAAGCAUAUUCUGCUUGCUUCUGCCGCUAGAGAGAAUUACCAGCGAUGCUAUAAGGCUUUGAAAGCACUCAACGCGUACUGGGAAGGCACUGGGUAUAUUUUGACAGUGCUUGAUCAGAAGGCCAAGGGUAUUGUGGAUCCCCUCCUUUACGCUGUGGAGGAUAUAGAAAACUUUGCAGGUACCGCCCCAGGUCCACCUCUUGGACCAGGAGCUUGGCGUGCGGGCAAGGCACCGGUGGACUCUAGUUGUGAUCUAGAAAGACCAGCCGGGGUCGCAGAUAUCUCAUCUGAUGGAAAAUGGUCUCCACACAUUGACCCAAGUCAAGGUUUGUUGGAUCCAUCAUCCAUGACAAACAUACCACUAAUAUCUUCUGCCUCGACAGCUAUCGGAUGGGCACUCACUGGGGCAACAAAUUCUUCACAGCCCAACCUGAGUCUACUCUAUCAGAUGUCUACGACCGAGGCCGAGUCUCCGUCCAAUCGACCAACAUACUCGUCGCAGUACAGCCACAGCUACCCAGUCCUACCAACAAAUGCGGACCAAGGGCCAAGCUCUUCAUAUUCACAAUCUAUUGCACCAGCCAGGGCCCACGAAGAAAUGACGCCCUCGCUCACGACAGCAAAUGCUAAAUACUCUAAUGUUCAAUCAAGAACAAUUAGCAGCGACCCCUCUUAUUACAUGGGCAUGAAUCCAACGUAUCCCGAAUCAAACACGCGAACAACACGCCCCGUACAGACAUCACAAUCAACUUUCCCCGGGAUGCUAUCAUCUGGGCUACCAACUUCACAUAUGGGUACACAGCCCUCCGCCUAUAGUUACUCGAUACCCCAAACGACAACAGGACACCAGACUAGAAACCAAAUGGGGUCUCGCGACCCAGGUGCCGAUCUCCAGCCGACCAUUGAUGAUGCCAACGGGAUGAUGAUCGGGAGUCACGAGGUCGAUAUGAACUCCAUCCACCAGCAGGACUCUUUCCCGUUCGCUAACGGCGAAAUCCUUCCGUGGCUAGAAUACCUCCCUCAAGAUGUUCUGAGUUUCUUCGGCGACCAUCAAAAUUAUCCGCUUAUGAGCCCUGACGAUGUGUCACGGCCCCCAUAA